AUGCCGUUUGGCAAAAAGGAAUGGUACAAAAGCGACAGAUUCAAGGGCAGCAUCCCUGAUAUCUUUCGUCACUCUGCUGUCACUUCAUCCACAACUUCUAUCAGAGCAGUUUCCGAUCCCGGAAUUAGGAUCAAACUGAACGACAUCGACUUUGAUGUCCCAGAAAACGUCGCCACGGAUGAUCCGUCUAACAUGGUCAACACUAGCGGCAAGAGCACCACGUGUAAAGACAAGCCGGUGGAAAUCACCAUCAAAGAUCAAGCAUCCAACGGCCCUAGCGUCUCUGAAGCUCGAACCAUGGAAUCGGAUAGCAAGGUGAAACCUGCAGCCGUAACAGUAGAGGACGAAGAUAUGCCUACCCCUGUUGAGGAUAUACCCAUAUGCAGUAUUAUGCUCACUGAUUCCCAGGAUCAUGCCGAGCCUGAGCGAGAGCCGCUUGCCAAGCAGGAGAGUCCUAGUGCAGAACAAUUCGCCGACCCAGCAAAGAAAAAGAAGAACCGGAAACGAAACAAUGCCUCUCAGAGAGGCCCCACGGCUCUGAACAAGAUUCGGGGAACUGGAUUUGAGGAUGGAUAUGCUGAUCCACCCAUGACUGUGGAGGAAUUUGAGGAGGAGAAACGCAUAUACGAUCCUGAGACUCCUUUCGUCGACCGUAUCGAGGAGUGUAUCCAACGCUAUCGUGGUCGACGUCGACUGGAUUCCACCCGUGACCUCAUGUUCAGCCGUUACCUCAACAUGGGCGGCAUCGAUACCUCUCAACGUCAGUUUACAGGCGCCAACGGAAUCUCCAAAGAAGACCUCGCUGGUUUGAGCAAGGCGGAGAAGCGUAUGGCCGCCGCAAAUGACGUUAUUAACCGCAGGGGAGAUGACCCUCGCUGGUUCACACCUGGUGACGAGGGCUGGACGGUCGACUUUGCCGGUGUGGUAGCUGCCUACCUCUCCACCCGCCUUCCCUUUGACGUAGCCGGAGAACAAGACAUGAUGGCGCUCGGUGUCGACACCAUCCUGAACUUCAUCAACUACGUUAUCAAGCACGAUGUCUGCCCCGAGUACGAAGCCGAUCUAGCUCGCGCCCGCGCCGUUUGCAAGCUGGCCAAGAUCGAGUUCCCCCUGAUCAACAGGGCCCUGGCCGGCGGUAUGGGCCAAUUUAAUUACGCCUGCCGGACAAUCUUCAACCUGUCCGACGAAACCGACUGCUUUGUCGACCGCAUGUCCGUCGACCCGGCUAGGAACCGACCGGUCCGCCCCAUCCUGGUCUUCACCAGCACCUUGACACUUCUGGCCGACAUGUACCCAGCCGCCAGGACCAUCGACCUCCACAAGCUCCGCGACGAGGACCCCACGAUGGACAAGUUGGCGGGAGCCAUUUCCUCAGAGUCCCGCGCGGAUUACUACGAGGUCGUGGAGACGCGCGAGCCCAGUGAGCCCAUCGCCCGCCUUUUCAGGGCCUUGCAUAGCGGCGACAAGGUCACGGGCCACUACAAGCCGGCUGGCGUGCUGGUGGUCAGGCGCUGCAUAGUCGAGGACGGGUUCGCCAACACGCCCAAACUGCACAUGAUGCCGCUCACACGGGGCAAGGACGAUGUGGCGUCGUUCAUCGUCGACCGCGACCUGCUGCGCUGCCUGCUGCCGGGCAUGAAUUUACACCUCGAGACGGCCAGGAUCACGCACCCAGACUUUGAGCUGACAAUCGUCAAGAACCUUCUUGACGUCCAACCCAGCUUCCGCCUGUUUCUGCCGCAGAUGCUAAUGCUCGACUACAAGAUGCCGAGAGAAAAUCUGCGUGACGCGCCGAGCGUGGACAACCCCGACGUCGAGGGCGGUGGUGACGGAGAUGUGGAAAACUGAUCCCGGAUGUGUUGGUGUUUGUGCCCGCGCAUCGCUAGGGUGCAACACCUUCGGGUUUGAAACUAUCACACAAACCUCGUACAUCUUUGCCAGACAUCGGUCCCUAGAUUUUCGCAUCUAGAGCUAUGUCGAAUGGAAAGAAAAGUCCACGUGUAUCGUGGUUAGUAAAUGCUGGGUUAUAAAAAACUAAUCGGAUGAAACAGGAGGCAGAGUACAUAAUCCAAUGGACCGCUCCAGUGCGGCGGCACAUAGCACAAAUAAAACAUAAAUGCAAUA